UCCCAUUUUCGAUUAGCCCUCACUACUACACUAAGUUGCAGCGCAGCCCUGAAAUGCGUCCGAAUUCGUUAACAUUCUACGAGAGUAAGGCAACUACUGGAAAAUGCGUGUGGGAGUUGAACUUGAUUUGAAACCUGCCGCGCCCCUUCGCGACAGAUACCGAUAACCCAUGUCUAUCAACGGGCGGGGAAAGCGGCUAAAAGAUCUUUCGUAGGUGGUGAAUAUCUCUAUUCUCUCGAGCACUCUUCGAUCAAAUCAGCAUAUCAAAGCGAGCUCUAAAAUGGACUAUACCGCGUCGACAAGAGAGCACAGAGGCCUAGUCGGAAGGGAGGUACUACGGCCAGUCCUAAAGGAUUCAAACGCGGUUGUAUCCUAUUUCGACAGUAGGCCUAAGUUAGCUAGAGCUCAUUUGCUGGACCUCGCUGCCUUCUGCUUGUUAAUAGCCACUGUAGCUCUUCUCAUCGUUGUGUCGACAAUUGUUCCCGCAACUGCGGGUAAAGCUUGGCUUUCCAUAAGCAAUGAGACCGGAAUAACUUCAUUCGGUACGAAUGUGGCUGUUUUAAGAUUUGGAAUUUCUGGAUACUGCGUCUCGGAGACUCCAGCAUAUCCUUAUGAUUAUUUCAGUCUUAUUGAGUCUCUGGGCCAGCAGAAAUGCAAUAACGUGGAGCUGGUAUAUGACCCGAUAUCAGCGGUGACGGUUGGGAUAAUCCCGUUUCCUACAAUUCUUAAGGUCUUCGAAAUUGAUGCUGCCGAGAGGAAGCUUUCGCCUAUGAAGGUUUUGCAUCCUUUCGCGGCGGCACUCACCUUUUUGGCAUUGGUAUUUGCAGCAUUGCCUUGUUAUCUACCCCCUAUAUCGCCCUUAUUAUUGGUGGUAUUGGCUUUUAUAGUUGAAACUGUGGGCAUGGCCGGAACUUUUGUUCUAUUUCGCAAUAUCAAGACCGUCUUGUCUGGGGAGUUCGGAAUAACGGCCGAAUAUGGAGGAGGCUUAUGGUUCUCCGCAGUAGCCACGAUCUGCGUUUUUAUUGCGACUAUCAUUUUAAGCAUUCUCUGGUGGCGUAAACGUCAGGCCCCUAAGAAAAUGGAUGAUCGCAACGUGGUAUAUGAUGGGCAACCCGAGAUCUAUGAGCAAUGGAAAUGGGUCGGGCCGAACGAAUUGGACUCACAUCGCGAUGUCGAGCUAUCACAAGGGACAUAUGCUAAUCGCCAUGAAUUAGCAUAUCAAUGUUGGGGCUCUCCUCAUGAGCUAUGCACGGAUGCAACAGCCGGCAGGUACGAAUUGGCGGGGGGAUGGCAAACAGAUCGUGAGAUGGGAGGCGCACGGGUAGCGAACACCGCUAUGUCUAGGAUAUAGACACCGGAGGAGGG